AUACCUGAGCCACUACUCACCCCGUAUCCGUAUUCAGUCACCCCGUAUCCGGCAUCAGUUGAACACAUUAUCUCACAUCACCCGCCAACUCCUGACUCCCCUUUCAUCCCAGAGCCUCCGCAGGGUCCAUGGGACGGCUGGCUUCCCCCAUUAGUUUCGCCAGUUUACCAACAUCACCAACAUCAAUAUAUUUCGCAUAGGUAUUCUGAGGAAGGAGGGGACCAUUUUGUUCGUCGGUGGCAAAAAUGUAUGGCAAGCUGUGGAUACCGGAUAGGCACAGGUUCCGGUCGCCUUCGCCUAUAAGCAUUCUAGGAAUCGAAGACUAUUUCUACCUCAAUGUCCGCUCCAUGAACGGAGAAGGGAAAAAGUCGCUUGUUUUUAGCGACUUCAGUCCAAUCUUAGAUUCUUUUCUUCGUACUGUAUUUGUCGACAUCGAUUACGACGGGAUUCUUGAGUACCCUAUUCAUCGACUGUCCCAAAAGAUGAAGGUACUUCGGUCCAGGUUGGACGAUGCCUGCACCCUCUUGGACGCAGAACAAGUUCCAGACGACCUAGUAACCAAGGCCGAGGUUUUCGGCUUCAACGCGUCUACUGGAUGCGAAGGGGCCGCUGAGUUCGUUGCUGUUCUUGUGACACAUUUAGAAAAACUGUUGGAGGUCGUGGAGACGGAAAGCAAGCAGACGGUCAAGCAACUCGAGGAACUAUUGUCUAACAAUCAGAUUUCAUUCGAACUUCUGGAGUAUUACUACGAGGAAGGAGAGCGUUACAUCUUUAAUGAUGGGCUUUUACAGAAUGGUUUAGAUGUCGAGAGACCUAUUAUCUUGGUAGUCUUGAAGAGUGCCCGCUUCCGUGAUGACAGACAGGCAUUGCUCGUCAAGUUGGAGCAUCUUGAGUGGGAUGGCGUUCGUUUCGAGAAGCGCACCAUGUCAUUGGAUCUUUUUGAAUUCCAGGGAACUCGAGCCUUCUCGUCCCUAUUUCUUCAACCUGUCACAGACGAAGCCCUUGCUAAAGUGACUGAGCGCGGAAGGCAUUAUCUUUCUUACAGCAGAGUUUGUUGUGCAGAGUAUUAUGAUGACACACCGAUGCGGUCGGUUUUCAGCGGCAACUCAACUCCACGCAUCAGGAGGGUGAUGGUUGACCCAGUUGGAUUCCACCGCGCCUUGCAAGGCUACAACCCAAAUCUACGUGUACCACUUCCCGACGAUGCGCAGGAGCAUAUCGCACGCCUUCCAUACUGGAUUGGUGGGUAUGAUCUUGAAGUGAAUCAAUGGCGAACAUUCAAUAUAUGGGAUUUGAAGCCAGUCAAGUAUGAUCAAGAGGCGUGGAGCAAACUCAUUAUGGACGAAGAUACCAAGGAUCUUAUACGAGCACUAGUGGAUAAUGCUGGCUGUUCUGUCGGCGGUCUAAAGCCAGCGCAGUUCAACAAAGGACAGACGAUACUUCUCAAGGGACCACCAGGAACGGGCAGAAUGACAACUGUCCAUGCUGUCUGCAAUCUCCUCAAAAGACCUCUGCUUACUAUUACUAUCACUUCUCAUGACUUCUUAUACGACCUUAUGAAUCUGGUACUAGAUAUUGCUCUGCGUGUAUCGUUUGCAGCGACCUGGAAUGCGGUGAUUGUGGUGAAAGACGCCGAUCGUUUCCUGGAAUUGAAAGAUCAAGGCCAUAGGGAUCGCGUCAGGACUGUUCUCCGUCAAUUUGAGUUGGACGAUUGUAUCUCCUUCUGGGUAUCAGGUGCAUGCGACGAAGAACUCCUGACGCAAUUUUCUGCUGUCGUCGAAUUACCCGAACUGGACACUGCAGCCCGACGUCGUCUUUGGCUUGGCCAUUUCGGCUUGAGUGAUCCCGCUGCAUUUAUAUGGAAUAGUGAGCGCACGCUUAUCAGUUCCUCCUCCGUGGAUCAGAAGGAGAUGGAUCAUUCAUUACUUCUUCGUGAUGUCGAGAAACUCUCACGGCAUCAGUUAGAUGGGAGGAUGAUUGAUAACAUUGUACGGUCUGCGCGAGCACUGGCUGUCUCAAAUGGAGAGCAUUUGUCCGUCCAUCACAUCAAAGUGGUCAUGAAAGCACAGCGAUUGGAUAAUCUUCCUUUAUGGCGGAAACUGACCCGAAUUCUGACACGUCCGGCGAAAGUUCUUCACACGUGAAUUAGGCGGAAGCUGUAUGGCGUACGAUAUUAGAUUGCAGACUGAAUUAUCUCCGAAGACACGAUGGGUUACUAUGUGAGUUUGAACUGGGGCAGUAGAUCUUGGAAAAUAAUGUAGGAAGGUAUGCAUGGU